CGUGACUUUUUCGUCUUGCGCAGCUCUCGAAAAUAAAUAAAUUGGAGAGAAUUAUUUUGACUCUGAUUUUAUCGAGAGUCAGUGGGAGUCGGCCAUCCACUGCUUUUCUGGGAACCUUCAGGUUUGGCAGGCCUAUUUGCAAUAUCGCGCUCACUUGAUAGCAAAAGUUUCGUUCCCCUCCAUGAGAAGUUUGUAUAGCAAAUGUUUAGCCUGCUUGAUUUCCGUGAGAGAUAAAACUGAAAAGGAGUUUUUCUCAUCCUCUUACAUGAGUUCCGCCAGCUCCGAGAUUAGUGGUUUGGAAGGAGAACGUGUAAUCCUUUCCGUACUUUUCAAGGCGUUAAGCCUCCAUUGCUCGUCUGGUCAUACCGAGUUGGGCAUAUCGACGUUGCAGGCGCUUACCGAAUUCUCCGUAUUUUCUCCGACGGAAACCGAAAGCCUCGUUCAGACGCCGGAGUUCUUCGAACCUUUUUGGGAUUCGCAGGCCCCGCGCAUAGGAGAACCCCGUAGCGUUGGGUGGGAUGGCUGGCUGAAAGGUGUGAAGAAUGAGGAAAGCACGUGCGGCCCAACCUUCUUUGACGUUCUUGAGGCCGACCUCGCCGGAAAGGGGGAGAAGGAGAAAUUCUUAUUUGUUGAGCUCAACAGAGAAGACGUUGAGUUUUUACCGUGGCGGAAAAGUCACCAGCACGAAGCAGAGGACGACGAGUAUCCCGCCGAUCUUUCCAGAGUUGUGUUUUUUGACGACAUUGCAGAUUAUUUAUUUAAAAUUACUUAUGAACAAUCCAAGAUUGAAGUUCUCUUGAAUUUUGUUGUUUUUCUUGGCUCCAAUAUUCCAACCUACUCUCGCUGUUCAGGCUCGCUGGCUGACCACUACAAAAGUUUGUCUUUACAGCACGCCACCCUUUUUACCGCACCCUUACUCUCUGCUUUGUCUCACGCUAAACAUCUGGAAUUGUUGGGGAAGCGUCCCUCCUCUCAAGCUAAUAUUGCUUUUACUCACUUCGAAUACGACUACAUGUGCGGGUGGCACCGCCAUUGGGCAGCUCCCGCUCCUCAAGGAGCACAUGACAUGGCGUUGGCCAUACUUGAAAGUGCAAUUGGUCGCUAUCCGUCUUCUGUGGACCUCCGGCUGGCGCACAUCAUGCUACAUAUUCCUGUGGAUUCUACCCUUCGAGGUUAUCGCGCCGCCGCGGGGGUUGUUAGAAGUCACUUGGCAGCACUCUCUGCGCUUGGCGGCUGCCCAUCUGGCCUGCUCAGACUUUGGGCGCUUUACGUGACCCUGCAGCGUCGUGGUGGGCGCCACAAAGAUGCUGUCAAAGUCACCUUUUCUGUUCUGCAAAUGUUUUUUCCUCUCCGAUUCUCUAAUGAUGAGUAUUUCUUACUUGCCUGGGUUCAUUGUUGGUAUUUGCUUUCUUUAAAAAAAGUGAAUAUUGCUAUUCGCCUCUUGUAUUUGCUCGCUGAAGACAAAGCCUCUCCAGAAGUUUUUAUUGUAUUAGAGGAAAAAAGUAUCAGUAAAGAAGAUGCAUUAGGUUUUGAGAAGCUGAAAUGCUUAAGGGCCAAUAAGAAAUACGGCGACCUUCUAAACUCCUCCACUCAUCAACACUUUGACUUUCUCCGCCUUUGCAGUUUCUUACUGAUUCUCCUAACGGAGUCCUUUGCGACCCUGCACAGCCACUUCCACGCGUUCAUGAACGAGCGACUACCUAAUGAGCGCUCUUCUUCCGAACGAGCACUCCCAUGUCACACGCAUGUCCACUCUGACUUCAGCAGUUGCCCUUUUAUGUCACGUGGGGAGCGCGAAGGCUCAGUGGAGAUGGUCAUAUGUUCUUUUGUCCACAUGUCCCUUUAUUACGUGGAGGAAACUUUUUUUGAAAUCCGAAACUUAAGAACACUGCUGGAGGAGGUCAUUCCAAUUUUCCCCUGCAAUACCUACUUGCUUUCCGUAUACGUUUAUCUCCAAAAAAGAAGUCAUUCGAUGAUUUGUUCGCGACGGUUUUUUUCAAACUUACGAAGUGAACAUCCACUGAAUACUAAUAAGCUUGUGUCACCCAUAAAAGUUUCUGGAGUUUCUCUUUACUUUUUCUCUCUUUUGAACGAAAUUCAGUUUUCUAUUCAGAAUCCCCAAAGUUCCACUCUCAUUUCCAUAUUUGAGGAGUUUGCCAACGAUUCUACCUUAAAGCAUUCAAGUUUUCUUUGGGCGCUUUAUAUUUCUUAUAGUGUAACUACCGAGUUAAGCAACCUCGAUCUCUUUAAACAAUAUGAGAGUUAUGACUGUAAGCAGAUCGAAGGCAUUGUUUAUCGAGCCUUGCAGUGCUGCCCUACUUCGAAGCACUUAUAUAUGCUCGGCAUCAAAUUUACUAGCGACUGGGUUCGGUUAUUAGAUUUGAUGCAAGAAAAAGAGUUACGUGUUCGUACACCGCUCGAGGAGUUAAAGAUUCUUAGCUGA